CGGCCAUCCUGGCCUUUCUUGCUGCAGAUCAUUUUGGGGUACCCGACCAACAUGACGCACUGCGAUCGCCCAACGCUGACGCGGUUUCUGGCAAAGGCCGGGGCGCUUCCUCAAGCGCAGUCAUGCGCGACGGACGCAAAUAUGACGGUCGCCGACGCAACCUCUGCCAAGGUGCCCACAGCGACGCAGGUCCAGGCCAUUGAGCGCAGCAGCAACUGCCGCGACUGGCUGACGCAACUCGAAGCUCUCGCCGGAAACGAGACGUGCAUCGAGCUCCAGCUUCUGAUGCGCGUGUCGUGGGACAUGGCGACCGCGUACUUGAAGGUUGCGAGCUACCCGUUAGCAGACGACGCGUGCCCACCAACCCAGGUGCAGGCGGCGAUCUCAUCGCUCUUCACCAACGCCAACUUGAUGCCGUGCUUGUCCGUCUCGGGGCUCUACUCCACGUUUGCGAUGCGUACGCCGCCGAGCCAAGGACAGUUGGAGCAAGCCCGUACGAACCGGUACUGCCAAGGCCUCUAUGUCGACCUGCAAGCGCUCGCAACGACGUUCCCCAACUGCAACCUGGACCAACAAGGCGUGCACAUGAACGUCCACGCACUCAGCAACGUCUCGUUUGACACGGUAGUUGAUUGGGGCGAGCUCGCAGCGGCGGCGGUGGCGGCGAAUCCAGGCCCUUUGUCGCUAGCGGCCGUGACGACGCCAAGGCCAAUGUUUGUGCUCAUGCCCUUUCUCGUCAUGACCGUUCUCUGCGUGGCCGUACUCGCAAACGCACGUCGCGGGCGCUGGUAUGCCUCGAGCUCCAAGGACGAGCGUAUGCGUCUUCUUGGCGACUAA